AUGGCACAAUUUCGCUCUGUGUCUACCUGUUUUCUGGCGGCCUUGGUGUCGUCUUGUGCGGCACUCAAUGCUGAACUUGUCAUCUCCAACGCCGUGGUCGCGCCCGACGGUUAUGAGAUGAGUGCCAUCGUAGUCAAUGGUCAGACCCCUGGACCAGUCCUCUCUGCACAGAAGGGCGAACGCUUUCAAGUGAACGUCACGGAUUUGUUGGUAGACGAAUCCAUGAACAAGAGUACGACCGUUCAUUGGCACGGAAUCAAUCAUCACGGGUCGGUCGAGAUGGAUGGAGCAGCCAUGGUCACCCAGUGCCCCAUCACAUCUGGGCAUUCGUUCGUAUACGACUUCACGCCAGUAAACCAGAGCGGAUCGUUUUGGUAUCAUUCUCAUUUCCAGCUCCAGUAUUGCGAAGGUAUGAGAGGAGCCUUGGUCAUCUAUGACCCUCAGGAUCCUUACCUGGGCAUGUAUGACGUUGAUGACGAAUCGACCAUCAUUUCUCUCGCAGACUGGUACCACAUGAACGCCUACGACGUCGGCCCUAGCGAUAAUCCCGCUUCGACUCUCAUCAAUGGCGUGGGGCGUUAUCCAGGUGGACCACCAGUACCUCUUUCUGUCGUGCACGUCACGCCAGGAAAGCGCUACCGUAUUCGAUUAAUGAAUAUAGCAUGCAGACCAAACUUCGUGUUUACGAUCGACAACCACGUCUUUACAGUUAUCGAAGCGGACAGUGAAUAUACGACGCCUCUGGAAGUCGACUCGAUCCAAAUUUACGCCGGGCAACGGUACUCUUUCAUCCUGACUGCAGACCAGCCGAUCGACACCUACUGGAUACAUGCGGUGCCCAAUUAUGAUUCGACCGUUGCAGGAGGUCUACACUCUGCGAUACUUAAAUAUGAUGGGGCUCCGGUAGUGGACCCCGUGCACAGAAAUUGGACCAGGAACAACCCUUUGUUGGAACAGAACUUGCAUGCGCUGGUAGACCCCGCAGCCCCUGGUGUCGCGGAGCCUGGUGGUGCAGACAUGUCGAUAAAUAUAGAAACUGUGUGGGAUGGCCACAUGAGAUUCCUCAUCAAUGGUUACACCUAUACUUCACCUCCCACUCCGGUCUUACUGCAGAUUUUAAAUGGAAAUUUGGACGCUUCUCAGCUGAAACCCUAUGGAUCAGUUUACACCUUGCCUGCUAACAAAACUAUCGAGUUGUCUAUACCCGCCGGACAGCCUGAGGGACCACAUCCUUUCCACUUACACGGACAUCCUUUCUCUGUUGUAAGAAGUGCUGGAAGUGACGUCUACAACUACGUCAAUCCUGUACGACGGGAUACGACGAGCAAUGGUGCAUCAGGCGACAAUGUGACAAUUCGCUUUAGAACCGAGAAUGCGGGGCCAUGGUUUUUGCACUGCCACAUCGACUUCCAUCUGGAACAGGGUAUGGCUGUGGUCUUCGCAGAGGAUACCAAUGGUACUGCAUCAACCCUAGACAUCUCAAAUUCAUGGAAGCAGUUAUGUUCUACCUAUGACGACGCCUCGCCAGUAACGGAACGAGCUGUGGAACAGCAUCGCCAACGUCACAUGAAACAUAAAAUCCGUCGUUGA